CUAUCCACCCCAACUCGUCCAUAGAUCAACAGAUAUAAUCCAUGUGUAUAUAAAUCUCAGCAUUUUCCAGCAGAUUUCCCGCUAUCUCCUUCACCAUCACUCCAGAAAAGCACAGAGAACUCGUCCAGAUCAUAUCUUUAAUUUUGUUACUACUCCUCCGUACCAAACGCAAAACCUCUUAGCAAUGCCAACCCAAACAGUCUACCGCCUGACCCUCGAAAAUGGCAUCGAAGGAAUUCACGCCCAUGAAGAACCCAUUCCAACCGUCACCCCAGACUCGGUCCUGAUCAAGAUCCGCGCCGUCGCCCUAAACUACCGCGACAUCGCCAUCGCAACCUCAAAAUAUCUCCUUCCCGCCCGCGAAAACGUGGUCCCCACCUCCGACAUGUGCGGCACCAUUGUAGAGCUCGGCUCGCAGGUCCGCGGCUUCGCCGUCGGCGAUGCCGUUAUUCCGCCUGUAACGCCCGAUUACCUGUACGGAGAGUUCAAGAAAGGAAUCGACGCCUAUGGGAGUAUCGAGGAUGGCAUGUUGAGGGAGUAUGUGGUGCUUCCAGCCCAUGUGCUUACAAAGGUGAAGGUGGGGAGGUUGGGUUUUGAGGCGUGGGCUGGGGUGGUAUGUACAGGGGCGACAGCUUGGAAUUCGUUUUAUGGGGAGAGGAAGUUGAUGCCCGGUGACACGGUGUUGAUCCAAGGGACUGGGGGAGUGUCCAUUACUGCUCUUGCUAUCGCUAGAGCUGCUGGGGCGAGGACUAUUGUUACAUCGUCCAGCGAUGAGAAGCUCGAGUAUGUGAAGUCCCUCGGUGCGGACCAUGUCGUGAAUUACAAAACCCAUACACACUGGGCGGCUGAGGUCCUGCGCAUUACUGAAGGGCACGGUGUCGACCACAUCAUCGAGAAUGGUGGCCCCGGUACUAUCGAACAGAGCUUGGAGUCCGUCGCAUCGUCUGGUGUGAUAUCUGUUAUUGGUUUCCUUGACAUGAAUGAAGGGAAGCAACCGGACGUGUUGGUUCCUGCUCUCGUGGGCGCUGUCACCAUUCGUGGUAUUCGAGGUGGAUCGAAACAUCAGUUGGAGCAGUUGGUAAAAUUUGUGGAGAAUAAGAGCGUUGAUUUGGCAGUGGGAAAAGUUUUCAAUUUCGACCGGGAGGGGAUUGUUGAGGCAUACAAAUUUGUAGAGGCGGGGAAACACAUUGGCAAAGUCGUCAUUAGUAUCAGCCAGGAGUAAC